AAAUUAAGAAAACAUUUGAUGAUCAUUAUUAACUUUAUCCCGGAGAUACAGAUACCGCAUUAAUUAUUAAUUUAUUAAUUUACUACGCCGUGGCGCAGAAAUUUAUAAACUCAUGGUAUGAUAAAUUUAAUGAUUUAUUUAUCACUAAAUAGUAAAUUCAUCAAUUUGAGUAAUAUUUAUCUUUUCUUUUUUUUCUACCUUCCGUGAUGUCUCAAAAAAGUUCUUUACAUUAUUAUGAAGAUGGAGAUGUCAUUUUAAUCGUACAAGAUACCGCCUUUUGUCUUCAUCAGAAUUACUUGUCCAUGGCAUCAAAAGUAUUUCGUGACAUGUUCUCCUGUGCUACUUCGUACAUGGCGGAUGAAUUACAUGAACUACCCCGUAUAAAUAUUACGGAUACUUCAUCUUUGGCCUUUGAGAAUUUCUUAUCAUUUAUUUAUCCGCAAAAAUUUGUUUCAAUCACGUGGGAUAAUAUUGAAGAAUUUUGUCGAAUUGGCGAUAAAUAUGAAUUCAGUUCUGUUCUGGAAGCCGCAGAAAAAUUCUUGGAAUCUCAUUUUCAUGAAAAUCCUCUACUUUCUUUGAUAUUAUCUGAUCGAUAUUAUUUUAAUAUCGUUUAUAAAGAAUCAUCAAAAUUGGUCUUAAAUGAACUUCAAAAAUAUCGUCAAAAUUCUCAAUUUCUUUUACUCUCGUACAAGACAAAAUCUGCUAUAUUUGAGAGGUAUCUCGAUUUCACCAUUUCUAUCACAACAAUUCGUUCUUUAAAACAGCGUAAAAAUUUUAAACAUCAUUCUUUAUGUUCUCUCACAAAACAUGACCAAGAAAUUAAUAAAUGGUAUGAAACUUUUUUUGAAAAAUAUGAAAUGUUGAAUAAUACUAAUAAUAAUAAUAUUAUGUUAUCACCAUCAAAAUCAAUAAGCAUCAUAAUAAAAUGUUUGAUGGAAUUUUGGAGUGAUUAUAUUAACGGUACUUGGAGUGAAUGUGAUUAUAGAUUUUUCAAUGAUUAUUUGGCUGAACAAUUUGUUAGUCAUUUUGGGAAUUUUGAACCAUUAAAAUAUGAAAAAUCAAAAAAAGAUGCUGAGCAUUAUAUGUUCAUAGAAUUGAAAGAUUAGAUUGGAUUAGCUUGGAGAAUUUCUUGGAAUAUUUUUUUUUUUUUUU